CUCGCCGUAACACAAUUCCAGAAAGAAAGAAAAAGUCUGCCCACGUAAAGGAAAACGAAUCCGCGCGCUCGGCGUGGUAGCUACCCCCAUGCCGUUCGGGUUUUACUUUUAGCAGCCACUGGCAUCACAAAUUGCGGUCUUCCGAUCCUCGCCGAUGAUUUUCGUCUUAUCUUCUUUUGUGGCCGGUGCCUUCGAUUCGAGCUUGAUCGCGAUCUCUUGUCGACCACCGAUGUCGACCUUUUGCAGCAUGCACGCACAAACGGGAUUUUCGAAA